AUGCUGCUGCCGGUGCUGCUGCUGCUGCUGCUGCUGCUGCUGCUGCUGCUGCCGCUGCCGCUGCUACUGCUGCUGCUGCUCCUGCUGCUGCUGCUGCCAAUGCUGCGGCCGUUGCCAUCCCUGGAGUCGGCCGGCCACGGGCACCUGGUUGAGCGCCUCACGCGCAACGUCGGCUUUGGCAUGGGCCUCGAGUUCCGCGAGAGCCACAACGUGCUGGGGCCCAAGAACACGGGCAAGCUCAAGGCGGGCCAGGUGUUCAACGUGGUCGUGGGCCUGUCGGGCCUGAGUGACCCCUCCAUCAAGGACGGGCCCCUGCAGACGUACGCCCUGCAGGCAAGAAGCCGUCCGCGCGGCCGCCCAGGGGUGGCGGACACCGUGGUUGUGAAGCCCAAGGGGGCGGCCCCCGAGGUGAUGACCAACGGCGCCCCCAAGGACUUUGACAAGAUCUCGUACACGCUCAAGGGCGACGACGAGGAGGAGGAGGACGCGCGGCCCGAGGCGUUCGAUGACGUCACCAAUGGCCUGCCCGGCAAGAAGCUGCGCAGCGACGACCCCAACUACAAGAGCGCAGAGCAGAUCAGGCGCGAGAAGCAGGACGAGCUGCUGCGCCAAAAGAACGACGAGACGCUGCGGCGGCUCACGGCGCAGCGCGGCGGCGGCGACGCGGGCGGCGGCGCGGCGGGCGGGCGGGCCAUCAGCCAGGCCAGGGGCGUGUGA